AUGAAGAUCCUGACGUGCCCAGCCCAGCUGCAGCGCCUGGAGGGGAUCCUGAGGAAGAGCCUGCCCCUCGCCCUGCCGGUUUUUGGGGCAGUGCUGAACAUCAACCGGGGCAACCCUGGCCAGUAUGAGGUGCUGGUGGACAAGUGGCCUGAAUUCGGCGCCGUGCUGGCCCGGCCCAGUGGAGAGGUGCCGGUGAACGAUGGCUACUGGAACACGCAGGCAGCGUUUUACCGGGACCUGGGGGCUUACCGGGCACUGCUGGAGAACCCUGAAUCCCUGCCUUGGGAUGCCGCCUUCACCCUCAUCGGGCUACAGGACGGGGUGACCACAGUGUCCCAGGACCUAGCAGGGAGGAAGGGUGUGGAGCUGGACAUUGUCGAGUACUACUCCUACUGGCACCCUGACCCCAGCACCAUGCCCGAUCCCCGGCUGGCCCCCGGGGUGCGCUUGGGCUCCCUGAGCCCUUCGCACGUGGACCUGCUCAACGACACGUGGCCCUACGGGGGGAACGCCCGCAGCCGGCGGUACCUGGCUGAGCUUUUGGGGCGCUUUCCGCAAGUCUGCCUGCAGGACAGCAGCGGGCAGCCCGUGGCCUGGGUGCUGACGGAUCAUUUUGGGACGGGCACACACAGCUACACCUUGCCCGAGCACCGGCGGCAUGGCCACAUGCAGGUGGCACUGACGGUGGCGGCUCAGCGGGCACACGCCCUCGGGUUCCCCACGUUUGGGCACACGGCGCUGGGGAACCGGCCCAUGCAGCAGCUGCAGGAGCUGCUGGGACACCAGCGCCUGCCCGGGAUAUGCAGCUACAUCCUGCACAAUCCUGGCCUGGACAGGGAUGGGCCCUGA